CGGUGAUCCUGCUCGAACUCUUGCGCAACGGCAUCCUCAGUACCACCAUAUUCCACUCUUUCCAAUAGCAAUGUCAGAGCCGGACGCUGAUCAUAUCAAGUCGCAGACGCGAAAGAUCGUGCUGGACGCUCGACGAGCCCACAAGACAUCGAGCUUGACCACGAGAAUUGUGCGUCAAAAGGUCGAGGAAGCCUGUCAAUUGGAGGUCGGUACGCUGGAUGCAAGGGAAUGGAAGACAAUAGUCAAGAACGCAGCCGACGCAGCCGUAGCGGAAAAUCUCAAGAAGCAUAGUCCUCCCCAGUCUGGAUCCGAGCACGAGGAGAGGGAUCAAGCGGCGGAGAAGGAGGAAGAAACCACGGGCAAGAAACGCAAGCGCAAGUCCAACUCAGAAAAGUCAGGGAGCAGCAAAGCCACCUCUUCCAAGCCACCAUCGUCUCGCUCAAGGUCGUCGAAGAAGUUUACAUCCAAGGAUACAAUCUCGGACUCUGAGCCGGAAGGGGAUAAGGUCGUCCCAAAGCCAGAGCCUUCCUCCCCUUCAAUUAAAAAGAGUUCACCUACUGCGGUCAAGCGUAAGAAGGCAACGCGACCUGGGAAUGAUGGUGAAGCUCAAAUCAACACGUCGGUUAAACUGGAGGACUCCGCUUCUUCAUCUAUAUUGGUAGCUCCGAAACCAGAGCGGAACGACGAAGACGACGCAAGCGAGUCCGAAUUGUCAGUGCUGAUCGAUGAUCCUCCAAAGAAACAGCGCAAGACGAAAGGAUCGAGGAAGGAGAGCAAGCCUGCUGCAAAGAAACGUGACAAAAAGUCUGGACCAGAGCUCAGCAAGGAUGAAGAGGCCAUCAAGCGUCUUAAGUCAUUCGUUGUGGCCUGUGGCGUCCGCAAGCAAUGGGCUCGUGAGUUCAAGGACUUAACUCUUCCCUCGGAGCAGAUCAAACGACUGCGAGAAAUUCUCGCCGAGCUUGGGAUGGAGGGACGCCUAAGCAUGGAAAAAGCGAAAGAGAUCAAGACAAAGAGAGAACUAGCAAAAGAGCUCGAGGAUGUGCAGAAAUUCGAGGCCGCCGUAGUGUCCGGUGGGCCGUUUCGAGCCUCUCGAUCUUCGGGAUCGAAAUCGAAAGGAAAGCAAGAUAGUAGCGAUGAAGAGAAUGCGUCUGAAAAGAGUGCAUCAGAGAGCGAGCCUGAAGAACCAACUGGCAAGCGCAAGCACAAGAAUGCGGCCAGAAGCAUCAUGGCCUUCUUGCAGGACCAAAGCGACAGCGAUUGAAACCCAACACGAGAAACUCUGAAGUGUCAGUUGCAUACUGGCCUAAGAUAUAUCAUCUGUCUGAAUUCCCUUGAUGGACUGCUAGCGCUAUACGCUCCCGUUUUGCGCUGCUGCACUGCUUUCUGUAAACUAACAUUGCUUCUAUAGUAGUUCUUGUCCGUUAUCUGCGUAUUGUCAUCUUGUAGCAUUACAACUCGAACAAACACAUAGCGUACAGUCAAUUACCCCGUGGUGGGCCAG